UCCGGGAACUUCAGUUAAGUAAAUUCCUACAAAAAUCGAUGUGGUGAAGAAGAUAUGUUAUGGAAUUUAAGUUCCUUUAGAUCAUUUGUACAUUUGGAUACAUAUUGGAACACUUACUACUAACAAUGAUAUAGUGAGGGUACUCGUGGAUCUCAUAUUAACGGAAUAAAACCCAAAAUGGGCUGAAAAUAAGUGUUGACUGUGGGCCUAAAAAUUCUGGAUGAAAAUGGCGAAAUUUUAAGCUGGAUUCCGACGAUUCGACCUCGAACUUUCGAGGUUUUUACGUAGGGAUGGAGCUCUUUAUAGAGACAAUGAUGGGGACUGCCUUUGAGCUACGGGUUUCACCAUUUGAGACCAUAAUGUCUGUCAAGGCAAAAAUACAAAGGCUAGAAGGCAUCCCCAUCUCCCAACAAAAUCUGAUCUGGCACGACACUGUACUGGAGGAUGAGUGGUGUCUUCAUGACUACAGCAUUCAUGAUGGGGCUACUCUGAGACUGGUUCUAGGAAUGCGUGGGGGGCCCAUCAAUACAAGAAGAAUUCCUAUGGAAGACCCAGGUCUGAGAGAAAUGGCUGAAUACAUGGAAGCCAACAAGGAUGAAAUAAUGGAUAAAAUCCCAGGCAACCGCCAAGUCACACUGCUAGUCUUUCGAGAUGGUGAUCAACUGAACUUUUUCCGUGUGGUAGACCGAGGGGACGGCACCCUCACCCCACUGUCUGAGUCCCUAUCUGGGGCAUCCAUGUACAACAUGUGUGAUGAGGAGGAAGAAGUUGAAGCUGAACCCACUCAUGAAAAAGUUGAAGAAAAUACAAAAAUGCAAGAAAAAUUAGACCUUCUUCGCAUGAAAAUGAAAGAUUUAAAUUUGAAUAAAAAGCCGAAGAAGAAGCCACGUCCACCUUCAGGAGGACGACCAGGUAGUAAGACCCGGGUCAGGUACAGAGUACACAGUGCUAAGUCAAAGAAGCAUGCUCUCAAUAAAAACACUUGCCUGCCACCAGUGGGUCAGUCUGUUGUUGGAGCAGGGGUGGUAGAUGAUUCCUCCAAUGCUGACAUCCCUGUCAUAUUAGACCCAACCACAGCAGGAGCUGUUGGGACUGUGCCUCUUGCACCAUCAUUUAAGAAACAUAUUGAGAAGUUUGACUCUAGUGGUGGGAGUGGUGUUGCUACAGAGAUGAGCUACAUGCUACCCAGCCAUCCUCCUCUUUCCGCUUCCCGCAGGAAGCUAGAUGCAAUCAGUGAAAGUGCCAAACUACGGAGAUCUCUAUCACGUGUUCAUGAGUCUGGUACUGAGUCACCCUCUGUGCCUUCUACCUCAACGCAAAAGUCAAGCGGCAAUGAAAAAUAUAGAGAAUUAGCUCAAAUUGAUGAAAGACCCCCUUCGUCAUCUAGAAGAGCUUUGAAAACUGUAGAUCAAUUACCAGACCAGUACAAAUUACAUAGUCCAAGGCCGCCAAACUCACCCAGGAAAAAGGAAGUGACUCUAGAUAGUCUUAAAGAAUCUCUACGGCCACCUACAUCUAGCAAACCUAUGUCAGGAAAAUCAAUAGACUACAAAGAGUCCAUAGGACGUCCAACGACCUCUAGUCGUAAAGGAGAAGUGACCUUAGAAAGUCUUAAAGAAUCUCUUGGUCGGCCAAAUACCAGUUCACGAUAUGGGCUGAAGAAGGACUUAGUAUUGGAAAGUUUAUCUCAAAGUGAGGCACGUGCAAUGUCAGGACUUUUACGCCAGGCUUCCAUUGAGCGUCUAGGCUCAUCAAAAAUUGGACCAUUUUCUCGUAGUUCUAGUCGAGUGAAUGGGGAGGGUAGGAUCCCGACUCCAGAGGGCAGACUAGUGUCUGCCCGCUUACAGAGGCUAUCAGCAAGUCGUGAUGGUCGUUUGCUGUCCCCCACACAUCGAUUGCCACCAGUCAAAGCCAAAAAGAAGUCAGGAAAGCGUUGUUUUGUCUGUGCCAAGAAAACUGGGUUGGCUACUAGUUAUCAAUGCAGAUGUGGGAACAAUUUCUGUGCUACUCAUCGCUACGCAGAGUCACACGACUGUUCCUUUGACUACAAAACUGAAGGCCGCAAACUUCUAGAGCAAAGCAAUCCUGUGAAGGUGUUAAACUUUGGUGGUCAUAUGCAAUACCAUACAAGAAAUUGGUUACUAACCAAGAAUCCUGGUGAAAAUAGCGUGACUUGUUCCCCUGCCAUUAUUCCAGAGAUGGACAAAACUGAUGCCAAUAUAGAUCAAAGUGAUGCCAAUAUUUACCAAUCUGAGGGCAAAGUAGACCAAAGUGAUGCCAAUAUGGACAAAAGUGAUGCUAAUAUGGACCGAUCUGUUGGCAGUUUAGAACAAACUGAUGGCAAUAUGGACCAAACAGAUGCCAAUAUGGACCAAACAGAUGUCAAUAUGGACCAAACAGAUGCCAAUAUUGACCAAACAGAUGCCAAUAUUGACCAAAUUGAUGCCAAUAUUGACCAAAUUGAUGCCAAUGUGGAGCAAACUGAUGUCAAUAUGGACCAAUUAUAUGCACAGGCAACUGCAUUGGCUAGAACUAUAAGUGAGUUUCCAGAAGAUGGUCUCAAUGUCACAUUGGACAAAGUGGUUCAAAUCAUCAACACAGCGGUUCUAAAUACAACUAGUGGAAGAUUAUCACUUGUUGUCCAACCCUCCAACUGCCCAGGGUCCCCAGAAACUACUGUUGAGGUUAAGCAAGAACCAGAAUCUGAACAUGAGGAUGAAUUUGAAACUAUAUUUAAUGAAGUGAUUAAAAAUCAAAACACUAUUGAAACCACAAAUAUAAAAAGGCCAAAGAAAUCAAGAAAAGUUAAAUCUAAGAGCAAGAAAAAAGAGGUAUCAAAAGCAACUCCCAAAUCGUACCAACGCAAAAUGAAGUCUGUGAUUAAAAAGGAGAAAAUACAAGAUGUUGUGUCUGACCUUAACGAGGAUCACCUUGAACUUUUCGACAAGGUUAAGGGUAAAGAUGAAAAUAGUAAUAGUGACAAUGAUACUGAUGCUUAUGAUCCAAAUGAGAUGUAUGAAGAGAUAAUAACCAAACCUGCUAAGAAGAGAAAAUUGGAAAAAACUCGAAAAAAGACUAAGCCCAUUUCUAGCACCUCGGAUGAUAAAAUAACUAACAUAGGUGACUAUGCAAUAGAAAAGCAAAUGGAUCCUCUACCCUGUGUUGUUUGUAUUGAUGAACCUUUCAAAAGUAUCCAAUACACCAGGAUGAAAGAUCUUAUGGAUCAUAUUAUGGAUACACAUACAUCUAUACCCGAGGGUAAACAGAGACCUCAUCUUAAAUGUUACUUUCAAGGCUGUGAUAAAGAUUGGCCUUAUUACAGGAAGAAGCUUGCAAUCCAAGGUGUGUGCGGUUAUUACCAGUACAUAGCUCAUCUUGAAAAGGAGCAUAAUGUACCAAAACCAGCAAAUAUAAAAGUGCUUGAAUGUAAAGAGUGUAACUAUUCCACUAUUGUACCAAGAAACUACAAAGCUCAUAUGUAUAAUAAGAAACAUGCUUACAACUGUAUCCCAUGUUCUGCAUGUGGCAAAUUAAUCCACAGACGCAAUAUGCGACAACACAUGAGUUUUAUCCAUAAUACGGGGCCCCCUAAAACCUGCCCACACUGCUUCAAGAUUUACAAAUCUGAGGAGACAUUGAAUAACCACAUUAAAAGUAUCCAUGAAGAUUCGAAGCCUUAUCUGUGUAGCGAGUGCCCUAUGAAAUUUCUUAACUCAUAUUCUUUCAACGAUCAUAUGCUAAUGAAACAUGGUACAAAUCCAACCAAUCGUGAACCAUUAAAAUGUGAUCAUUGUGAGUGGAAGACAUUGAAUCGUGGUCACAUGAAGCGACAUCUAAAGGACCAUCAUGAGGGUUCAGUGAAUGGAUUUAUUUGUCAAAAGUGUGGCAGAAAACUCAGGAAUUCAGGUAGUUUGAGACGUCACACCACAAUGUAUCACAGUGCCAAGAAGGACCCCCUCAAGGUGAUAAAGUGUGAACACUGCAGCUACACCUGUAGACACCCUGAAUACAUGAAGAAACACAUCAGAAUCCAUAGUGGCAAGAGAUACCAAUGUGAUCUAUGUACUUAUAGUACACCAUAUAGGGAAAACCUGCCAAAACAUAGACGGACACAUACCAAUAAUGAACCAGUAGAAAAACGGGUAAAAUCAGCCGUGGUGAGCCAUUCCGCACCAGCUGGGUUUUUGGAUUUAAAUCUACAGCCAUCCACGAAACAUGAGAAAUCGACCAUGAAUAGCCAUAUUAUACCAGGGUUUUUGAAUCAAAACCUGGAGCCUCACAAGGAUUUUACAUCUGGUAGUGUACAUCACGAGAAGUUUGAUUUCAACAGUCCAUUCUCAUCAGGUUUUAUGCAGCCUCCCAUCAUGAAGAACUCUAGUGGAUCGUAUGCUCAAUUAGGAGCAGAGUCACUGACUUUGGAACAGAGCAGCUCUGAUGCACUUUCACAUAUUAUUAACCAAUAGCUGCAAUUGAUAACUCAUAGCACAAGGGGUAACAUUUGAAACAUCUGUAAUAUGAUACAUCAUAAGAUGUAUUCACACCCCAUAGUUGUUCUUACAGCCGCCAGGUGUUCCAGCUUCUGUUACUUAGUCUACAAUAUUUUACUAAAUUCAGUUAACAUAAUAUGAAGUUGGUUUGCUCUUCUAAAAUUUGAACCAUGGUUGGUAUGACAUAAAAUCAUGCUUGCAUUUUAUCACAGCAGAUUUACAAGACCAUGACCAAGAUUCAGAUGUUCUGAAUAUAUAAAACCUUUAUUAAAAACACUAAAUGCAGGCGUUUCACUAUAAUUUCUCACA